AUGAUGAACACCCGGCAGAGUCAAAGUGGACCCCCCCAUGAUGAACACCCGGCAGAUCAAAGUGGACCCCCCAUGAUGAACACCCGGCAGAUCAAAGUGGACCCCCCCAUGAUGAACACCCGGCAGAUCAAAGUGGACCUCCCCAUGAUGAACACCCGGCAGAUCAAAGUGGACCCCCCCAUGAUGAAUGGGUUGGGGCACGUGGACCCCCCCAUGAUGAACACCCGGCAGAUCAAAGUGAACCCCCCCAUGAUGAACACCCGGCAGAUCAAAGUGGAUCCCCCCAUGAUGAACACCCGGCAGAUCAAAGUGGACCCCCCCAUGAUGAACACCCGGCAGAUCAAAGUGAACCCCCCCAUGAUGAACACCCGGCAGAUCAAAGUGGAUCCCCCCAUGAUGAACACCCGGCAGAUCAAAGUGAACCCCCCCAUGAUGAACACCCGGCAGAUCAAAGUGGACCCCCCCCCCCCAUGA